AUGGGUUGGCAAUGUGGUCGCAAGGCACUGGGUUUUGGUCGGACAGCUUCAGCAGCGUUGAGACCACAGAUAACCAGAAGAUGUCUACGGCAUAACUCCACACUCACAUUGGAACAAAUCUCAGCAUCACCACGAUUUCCUGGGGCCGUGAGGAGCCCUCUCGUGUCGAAACUCGAGUUUCUACAGCCAGCGACAUUGCCUCCGAUCGCAACAUAUCAAGUGAUCGAUGCCGAGGGAGCGAUCGUAGAUAAAGAGCGAGAACCACCAGCUGUUGAGGAUGAACAGGCUCUGCAGUGGUACAAGAACAUGUUGACUGUCAAUAUUAUGGACAAGAUCAUGUCUGAAGCCCAGAGACAGGGUAGAUUGAGUUUCUAUAUGGUCUCUCAAGGAGAAGAAGCCAUCAUGGUUGGAUCUGCUGCCGCUCUUGGUCCAGACGACAUAAUCACCUGUCAGUAUCGAGAGACAGGAGUAUUUCUACAACGAGGCUUUGUCCUGAAGGAUUUCAUGAGUCAAUUAACAGCGAACAAAAAUGAUCCUGGGAAGGGAAGGAAUAUGCCAGUCCAUUAUAGUGGUAGGGAGAAGACCGGCAUUCACGCUGUUGCCUCAACACUCGGAACACAAAUCCCGCACGCUGCGGGCGCAGCAUACGCGAUGAAACUACAAGACCUCGAAAGCGGCACGACGACCCCUCGUGUCGCAGUUGCAUAUUUCGGCGACGGGGCCGCCAGUGAAGGCGACUUCCACGGCGCUUUGAACUUCGCCGCAACACGCGACUGUCCCGUGAUCUUCAUCUGCCGCAACAAUGGCUAUGCGAUCUCCACUCCAACAUCAGAGCAAUACCGGGGCGACGGGAUCGCCAGUCGAGGAAUCGGAUACGGCAUCGAUUCUCUACGUGUCGACGGCACGGAUAUCUUCGCCGUGCACGAAGCGACGAAGGAAGCAAGGCGCCGAGCUCUCGAGAACGGCGGUCGGCCAAUCUUACUUGAGAUGAUGAGCUACCGCAUCUCACAUCACAGCACUAGUGACGAUAGCUUUGCAUACCGCAGUGUCAAGGACGUGGAGCCCUGGACUGUGCGUGACAAUCCGAUCCUCAAGUUAGGAAAGUGGUUGAAGAAAAGGAGGCUUUGGGACGACCAGAAAGACGAACAGGCUCGCACGCAGAUCAGGAAGGAUAUCCUCUCCGAGUUGAAGUUGGCCGAGCGUGAGAAGAAGCCGCGCUUGAGUUCGAUUUUUGACGAUGUGUACGGGAGUUAUUCCGAGGAGCAGAAGGCGCAGAGGGAGGAGAUGAGAAGGUUGAUGCUUAAAUAUCCUGGGGAGUAUGAUGUUGAGGACCAUGAAGGUGGGAUUGGCGGUCUCUAG